AUCAACAUUGAAAGUGGAUCAUGCACAGAAGAUAAUGCUGUUAGGAAAAUCAAAAGAUUUGGGUUGGUGUAAAGGGAGAAGAAAAGAUGGCCGUGAUUGUACAAUGUUUGUUAACAAGACAGAAUGUGAAUUUUGUCAAUACCAUGUUCAAUCUGCCUACAAAAAGAUGAGUUCUAAAAGAACUGAUUUACAAGCCUCAUAUGUAGGCCCACAACCAAGGGCAUUCAAGGAACAAAUGAUGUGGUUGAUAAACUAUUGUAUUUAUGUACACAUUAUGCCAUUCUCACAUCAUGAUAGAUAUGUAGGCCCACAACCAAGGGCAUUCAAGGAACAAAUGAAGAAAGGAACAAUAUUCUAUGGAGGGCAAACAUAUACUUCUCAAUCAUCCAGCGGUAAGAAAGUCAAGAAGGAAACAAAAACAUUAAAAAACUUAGAUUUGUCUAAGGCCAAACAAUUACAAGAAGCUGAUAAAAUGAAUAUGCUAAAAAUACAUCGUUUAUCUACCACUGAGAGUGCCGAGUUUAUUGGAGUUGCUAAUGGAAACGAACAAUUCCAAGAACGAUUAGUGGUCCCUACAGUUGGUUCACAGAAUUUAUUAAAACAUAUGAAGACCACUGAGGAAACUGAAAAAGUCAAGAAUGGAUUAAUAGAAUCUGUGUCAGCUUCUGAUUUAAUUAAAAUCCAUAAGAAAGAUUUGCUUGAAAGAAAAAGAGCACAAAAAAGAAAACUAUCAGCUGUAACCUCUCCCAAUGUACCUCUUCCACCUAUGCUUGGUAGAGGAGUAGGUGAUGAUCAGCAAGUAUUUCUAGAUUUUAGUCCACCAAGUAAAUCGUCUGCCAAGAGCCGAGCUACUGCAUUCUGGAAAUCCAAAGGUCCUGCAUCAAGAGAUGAUCCCAAUGCUGUUGGUAAGAAGAUAACACCAGAUAAAGUUACACAGAUAAACAAAAGAGUUGAGCGAGAUAGGAGGCUUUCACAAGAUGAAUCACCCCCAAGCGAACAGCCUAGGAAGAAAAAGAAAUUUCUCGGCACGGACUUAUCAGAGAUUGAUAAGCACUCAGAGGAGUUCCAAAACAUGGUGAAGGCAAAGUCAAAGCAUUCUGAACUUGUACAUGAGGUGGAAGCUGAUCUUCAAGAGAAGUAUUUCCAAGAGCUGGAAAAAAAGGAGAAGUUGGAAACAAGGGCAACUUCUAUCAUGGAGAAAGUUUGCAAAGUUGUCUCUUGUAAACAAUGUCAGUAUACUUACUUCAGUCCUUCCGAGAGAUGUAAAAAAGAAAAUCAUAGUUUAAAGUGGCAUGAAACUAAACAACGAUACUACCAGUGCAAGAAAUGUAAAACCAGAAUGUUUACUUUUAAUAUGUUGCCUACUGGUAGCUGUAGAAAUUGUGGUAAUACACAGUUUGAAAGAACUGGAAUGAUGAGUGAGAGAAAAGUACCUAAGUUAGAAAGUGAAACUCUUUUACUUCGAGGUGAAGAACUCAAGUAUGUGAGUACCUAAAUCUGGUGUAUGAUUGGUGGAUAUAUAAUACAAUGCUGACAUGACAAAAAUAAUGGAGGAAGUCUUACGCAAUCAUGGAGCUGUCUCCCUGUUGGAAAAUUAUGUCAAACAUUGAAUUGUUGAUUACUCUUCUGAUAAUAAUUUUAAGAACAACUGUUAACUGAUCACGACAAAAGUUGGAUGGAUGAGAAAAAAAGAAAUCUAUUUUACGAUUGGUAUAAACAUGUAUGAUAAUAGCAGA